ACUCCCAACACCUUCACGAAGGUUAGUCGUUCGUCGUAAAGGUCCCACUUCUUGCCCUGCAUCUCUGCCGCCAUCCACCCAGUCCCCUUUCGUGCUGUUGGGUCGCGGCGUCCCGUGGCUGCUGGAGCUCGCAUGACUUGAGCGCCGCUUCCAGCAGGGACUUCCCCCACUGCGUCCAUUCCUCGGGGGGGAGGAGGUCGGUGGGGGUGGUGCGGAGGAGAUGCCGGGGGAACCUACAAAUCCCAAGGAGGCUUGGGAGGGCCCCAAUGGGAAGGAGUGGAAGAAGGCCUCAGAUGAAGAGAUGGGGAGCAUCAUCGAGAACGACACGUUUGACUUGGUGAACCUACCUCCGGGGCGUAAGGCGAUCUCUUCCAAGUGGCUCUUCCAGCGCAAGACCGACGCCGACGGCAACAUCGAGUGCUACAAGAGCAGACUUGUAGCCAAGGGGUAUCAGCAGCAAGAGAAGAAGGACUACAAUGAAGUGUAUGCCCCUGUGGUGAAGGGUACAACCCUUCGAACCCUCUUCGCCGCGGCGGCCAUCAAAGGAUGGGUGGUGAAGCAAAUGGAUAUAGUAACGGCCUUCCUCAACGGCGUUUUGGAGGAAGAAACCUACAUGGAGCAGCCAGAGGGGUACAAUGAUGGGAGUGGCAGAGUGAAGUGGCAUUGGGUGAGGAGCAUGGUAACCGCGGGUGAAGUGGAGUUGCACUACGUGAAGACGACGGCGCAGCCAGCUAAUAUGAUGACCAAGCGGCUGGUUGAGCAGCAGCAUUGGAAGUGUUGCAAGCUUGCUGGGAUGGCUCUGAACUAAGGGGAGCAGAUUCUAAGGCCAACAAU